AUGGAGCUGUUCCAGGUUAUUAGCCCUGAUCGCCCCAUUGUGGCAGUGCUGGGAGAGGAUGCCAUACUGCCCUGCACCCUAGUCCCAGGCAUCAAUGCAGAGAACAUGGAACUGAGGUGGUUCCGCACCACAUUCUCACAGGCAGUGUUCAUCUACUGGAACCAACGGGAACAUACUGAGGAGCAGAUGGCUGAGUACACAGGGCGGACCUCACUGGUGAGCAAGUUCCUCACCCAGGGGCAGGCUGCUGUGCACAUCCACAAGGUCCAGGUUUCUGACAAUGGAAUGUAUACCUGCUUCUUCAGACAUGGAGGCUUCUCUGAAGAGGCUGAUUUGGAACUAAAGGUGGUAGGGAUGGGCUCUGCCCCCCAAGUGCACAUAGAAGGGCCAGAAGAGGAUGGAGUGCGCGUGGUGUGCAAAGCCUCAGGAUGGUUCCCAAAGCCCCAGGUGCAGUGGAGAGACCUCAGUGGAAACAAGUUCCCAGCRCUUUCUGAGGCCCACACCCAAGACASUGAGGAGCUGUUUAGUGUGGAGGCCACUCUGGUGGUGAGAGACAGUUCUGUGGGGAAUGUGACCUGCUCUGUCCUCAACCCUGUCCUGGRCCAGGAGAAGGCCAUGGCUAUUUACAUCCCAGAGCCCUUCUUCCCUCAGGCUUCUCCCUGGAAGCCAGCAUUUUCUGUGAUCCUGACCAUGCUGGGGCUCCUACUCUUGGGAGCCUGGUAUUUUAUCAGAAAAGCACAUUCCAGAAGGAGGCAGGUGAGGCAGGAAAAGGAGCAUCUGUGGUGGCUUAAGGAGGAGCAACAGCAACCAAAGGAAGAGGCACUGAAGGCCAUUGAUGAACUCCAGGAAGAUCUCAAUCAGAGAAAAGCUGCUUAUCUGUCUGCCUGGAGGAAGGCCCCCCUGUAUGCAGAUUGGCGGAAGGAAAAGUUCCAAGCCUGGCCUGUCACUCUGGAUCCAGACUCUGCUCACCAGUAUCUUUCUGUCUCUCAUGAAAAGACAUGUCUGACUUGGAAGGAGCAAUUUGUGUACUGUGAUGAAAAAUGCAGUGUUUUGGGACUUAAAGGCAUCACUUCAGGAAUAUGGUACUGGGAAGUGGAGAUAGAGAAUAUAUUGUUGAGCAAGUGGACUCUGGGAGUCUGUAGGAAAGAUGUGAGCAGAACAGGCUGGUACAAGGAAGCACCAGAUAGGGGGUUUUGGGUCAUGGGGAACUUUAACAAUAGAUAUUUUGCCUGGACUGGUCCUAUGACUUUGUUAUUUCCUAGGCAAGAUCUCUGCAGGGUGGGUGUUUUCCUGGACUACAGUGAAGGGGAGGUCUCCUUCUACAACAUGAUUGAUGGUUCUCACAUUUUCUCUUUUCCCCCAACUUCCUUCUCUGGAGCUCUCUUUCCAUACUUCAUGUUUAUGUAUGGAGAUGUGUCCAUGACCGUCUGCUCUAUGGAGAGUGGGUCUGAGGGGCUCCCUAUACCCCCUCUCAAUUCACCUCUUUUGGAGGAGGUCCUGAGCACCCCAAGGGAGGGGUUCAUCUCAGGCUGUGGUGUUGAUGGUGUUCCCCCAGAGGCUGAAUCUCCAUUACUUCCCUGA